CUGACGUAGAAAAAUUUCCAAUGGAAAGCAACCUCUUCGGGAAGAGGGCGGGCUCCGCGGGCAGUCAAAUUUGCGCGGGUUGGGGCUCGGCGUAGUCAUGGCCGCCUUCCGCGACAUAGAGGAGGUGAGCCAGGGGUUGCUCAGCCUGCUGGGCGCCAACCGCGCCGAGGCGCAGCAGAGACGGCUGCUGGGGCGCCACGAGCAGGUGGUGGAGCGGCUGCUGGAGACGCAAGACGGUGCCGAGCAGCAGCUGCGAGAGAUCCUCACCAUGGAGAAGGAAGUGGCCCAGAGCCUUCUCAACGCAAAAGAGCAGGUGCACCAGGGAGGCGUGGAGCUGCAGCAGCUGGAAGCCGGGCUUCAGGAGGCCGGGGAGGAGGACACCCAUCUGAAGGCCAGCCUCCUUCAGCUCACCAGAGAGCUGGAAGAGCUCAAGGAGAUUGAGGCGGAUCUGGAGCGACAGGAGAAGGAGGUCGACGAGGACACGACAGUCACAAUCCCCUCGGCAGUGUACGUGGCUCAACUUUACCACCAAAUUAGUAAAAUUGAGUGGGAUUAUGAGUGUGAGCCAGGGAUGAUCAAAGGCAUCCAUCAUGGCCCCAGUGUGGCCCAGCCCAUCCACCUGGACAACACCCAGCUCUCCAGGAAAUUCGUCAGCGACUACCUGUGGAGCCUGGUGGACACCGAGUGGUAGCCAGGAGCCUCGUGGUGGCGUCUUCCACCCAGCGGGCAUCUGCUGUGGUCAGAUCCGUUUCAAAUGAAACGUGUGUACGUAGAUUUUUUUUUUUUUUUUUGAGACAGAGUUUCAUUCUUGUUGCCCAGGCUGGAGCGCAAUGGCACAAUGUCAGCUCACAGCAACCUCUGCCUCCCAGGUUCAAGCAAUUCUGCCUCAGCCUCCCAAGUAGCUGGGACUACAGGCAUGUGCCACCACUCCCAGCUAAUUUUUUGUAUUUAGUAGAGAUGGAGUUUCAUCAUGGUGGUCAGGCUGGUCUUGAACUCCUGACCUCAGGUGAUCCACGCGCCUCGGCCUCCCAAAGUGCUGGAAUUACAUGUGUGAACCACUGUGCCCAGCUAGACUUC